CAUCAAACGAAGAAAAAGGUUUCGCCCGAAAUGCAUUUAAUUCCGGUGAAACUCACAGUGGUAACUUGCCGGACCCUCCCCUCUGACUGAAGCGUCUGCCUCUCUCCUCUUAGGCACGUCUCAGGCAGCGGCUCCUCGAUCCACCUCAGCAGCUCGACGCAGCCAUUCCUGCGUUCCUCCUCCUCUUCCUCUCCGCAUCUCCGGUACGAGAUAUCAGUUAGACAAGUCAGCUGAAUAUUUCUAUCAGCUGCUGUUGUAUCAGAAGGUGACAAGGAAGACCUCAUCAUUUCAAUGGCAAAUAGCAGAUAUGAGUACGUGAAAUCAUUUGAAGCCCAUGACGCAUUGUUGCCAUCAACAUGGAUCGUUAUCAGAAUAGAUGGCUGUCAUUUCCAUAGGUUCUCUGAUGUCCAUGAGUUUGAGAAACCUAAUGAUGAGAAUGCCUUGAAGUUGAUGAAUUCAUGUGCCCUUGCAAUGUUCGAACAGUUUCCAGACAUUGUAUUUGCUUAUGGUGUUAGUGAUGAAUACAGUUUCGUGUUGAAGAAGUCAUCUAAGUUUUAUGAAAGGCGAAGCAGCAAAAUUUUGUCACUCAGUGUUUCAUUCUUCUCUUCCACUUAUGUAAUGAAAUGGAAAGACUAUUUCCCAGAGAAGUCAUUGCAGUGCACACCUUAUUUUGAUGGGCGAGUCAUAUGUUAUCCAUCGCAAGAAAUUCUUCGAGAUUAUCUUUCUUGGCGGCAAGUCGAUUGUCAUAUAAACAAUCAAUAUAAUACCUGUUUCUGGAUGCUUGUUGAUUCUGGUAAAAGCAAAAGAGAAGCACAGGAUAUCUUAAAGGGCACUCAAACAUCAGAAAAAAAUGAGCUGCUUUACGAGAAGUUUGGGAUCAACUACAACAUGAUACCUGCUAUUUUCAGGAAAGGAUCUUGCAUUUACAGGGAAAUGGUGGAUGAAAUUGUGAAAUACAACGAAGCGGGCACUCCUAUUAGAAGACCUCGCAAAAAGGUGGUCUUGGAUCACUGUGAUAUCAUUGGACCAGAGUUUUGGAAUGAACACCCAACAAUUCUCUUAGAUAAAUGAGCCCUUGAUUUGUGUGGUGGGAAGUUCUUUUUGCACCGUUAAUAGUUACGGCUGGCAUAAUAUUCCUGAUACUGAGCAAUUUCCCGACACAUUAUGUGACCUUUCCGCUUACGUGUACUUUCUCGUGUUCGUGAUACUUGUCCUUGCGUGCUUGCUAUGUCAGACAUAGUACCAGGCGCUAUGGAAUUCAUGUAUUUCCAUCACAGUAUGCUUCUGCUGUUUAAUGUUUAUUGACUGAGUUCACAAGUUAAUCGUGAUUGUGGUUUUCUCUUAA